GUCCCGUCCCGUCUGGACUCUGGACUUCCUCGUAUCGUCUCAAUCUGAUCGCUGGAGCAUGGCUUCUACUAUCCAGUUCAAGAACAGAAAGUAAAUAUCCAAGUUCAAGUUAGACAGCACAGCUAUUUUCUUGGUUCUCUCCCCUCUGCUACCCCCCAUGGUGCACCUGCAACAAUUAUAGGGCCGUCGGGUCCAGCAUGGCCGAACUAAGGGCGCCUAGUAACGUAGAACUGCCGAGCUCUCGGAUUCCUGCCCUGACGAUACCCGAUGUACAAAUUAAUCUUCGUAGGGUUUCUGAUGCUCAACCAAGCGCGGAAACACAGGCCCAGGGCCAUUCCUCUUAUAACGAAACGGAGUUAAAUGAUUGUGGGGACUUGUAUGACUCGUACCUGCAUGAUGAGAUGGGCAAUCAGGCUCCGUCUGGCAUGGCAACGCGCCACGGGGAGAGAUUGCAUGAGGCUGCUGCUUGCUCCCGCUCCCCGCGUUGGAUGAUGCAGCAGCACGACCACCGAGGCUCGGGACGCGGUUGGAAGGGAGAUGGCAGCGCAUCGGAAGGCUCGUUCACGGGCGCGAGUAGCAGCAGCCUGGUGUGGCGCGAGGGAACACGAAUGGCCCCGGCGCAGCGGAGGCGCGUGAGUAUGUCGGAAGUAGAUGUGGUACUCAGGCGAAGGAAAUUGCUGGAAGUGUGGGGGACUGGGGUUGGCGGGAAAGAGGAGCAGGAGGAGGGAUGGCCAGAAUCAGGGGCAUGGGGGAAAGGGAUCGAGGAGGAUGAGGGGGGAGAGGUGCGGAAUUUUGGUGUUACAGGGGAUGUUGCUGGGGAGGAAUUGGAGGAGGGAAGGGAAGAGGAGACGGAAGAGGAGGCGGAAGAGGAGGGGGGCGAGGAGGGGGGAGAGGAGGGGGAAGAGGAGGAAGAAGGCCGAGUGGCGGUUUUAGGGUUUCGCAGCUUAGCACACUCGGAUAGCGUGGUGCUGCAACGGACGAGAGUGGGGAGGAAUGGGUGUGAGCAGGAGGAAGGGGAGGGAGGGGAGAAAAGAGGGGAAGAGGUGGAAGCGGGCUCGGCGGUUUUAGGGUUUCGCGGCUUGGUGCAAUCAGACAGCGUGCUGCUACGACGGAAGAAAGCGGGGAAGCUUGUAAGGAGGAUGGCUGAAAUAGGCGAAGGGCGUGCGGGGGAGGAGGACGAAGACGAGGGGCAGGGAGAAGAGGAGCAAGAGGAAGAGGAGGAAGAGGAGGAAGAGGAGGAGGAGGAGGAGGAGGAGGAGGAGAGUGAAGGGAUCACUUCACACAGGUUUGUACAUGUGGAUAGUGUAGUGAUAAGAAGGCACCACACUCUAGGGACGAGUUCAGGCGAGCAAGGGAAGGGAGACAAGGAGGAAGAGGAAGAGGAAGAAGGGGAAGGAGAGGAGGAAGAGGAGGAAGAAGAGGGGGAUGCGAGGGAAUGUAUGAGGAUGCACAGAUUUGUACAUGCGGAUAGUGUAGUGAUUAGAAGACAUCACACUCCAGGGACGGCUUCUGAGUUGCCUCAGCAGAGUUCAGCAGUGCGUGGGCCGAGUGGUGGAUUGAGCAGGGUUUGCCAGCAGGUUGCCAUGAAAUAUGCUUUUGAGUCGACUGAAAAGCAGACUUCAGCCGUGCAUGGGCCGACUGGUGGAGCGAACAGGAGGGAUUUCCAGGAGGUUGACAUGAAGUGUGGCAAUUCAAGCAUGAGUGGAAGAGAGGGCAGGGCGGUUCUGGAGGUCAUGGGAGAAGAAAGGGAGAGAGGAGAGGGAAGUGAACAGAGGGAGAGGGAGCGUUCCGAAGAGGAAGAGGUGAAGGAAUGGGUGAGGGAGGAGAAAGGGGAGGAGGGAGAGGAGGAGAUUAGAGGAGGCAAGAAAGGGGUUAGUCUUCGACGUAGGCUGGUGCAUUCUGAUAGCUUACCAGUGAGUCGGCUUAAAAGGAGGACAGCUGGCAUCUCCAACACAACACCAGGUGAACUCUCAGGUGAAACUUCUGGCGCUUUCACCCCUGCUCCUCCUCUCCCUCGUGCAAGGCGGUUUGUGCACUCGGACAGCCUCUCAGUUGCCCGGCUUAGGGGGGUGAUCCCAGGGGUAGAGAGGGGAGGGAGGAAGCGGGCAGCUGGAGGGGUGAAUGCACGGGCAAAUAGCUACUCCUCUGGUGCAUCGGAAAGGAUAGAGGAGGAACAGGGGGGGUCAGGGGAGGUGAGACAGCAGAAGGCGGGAGAAGAGGAGGAAGGGGAGGAAGGGGAGGGAAGGGAGGUAGGCAAAGACGAGGAAGAGGAGGAGGGAGAGGAGGAAGAGGAAGAGGAGGAGGAGGAAGAGGAGGAGGAGGAAGAGGGGGAGGAGGAAGAGGAGGAAGAGGGGGAGGAGGAAGAGGAGGAAGAGGGGGAGGAGGAAGAGGGGGAGGACGCAGACAUGCCUGUGCGUCCAUUCCCUCAUGCAGACAGCAUUUCAGUCAUGAGGGAGCGCACGAGACGACGACCCAGAGUCACAGUGCCUCGACUUGCAGGUGUGCAUGGCAUGACGUCUGCCAGCCAAAGCGCCAGGCUCUACCUUCCCCAGAUGAAGCCUCCCAAGGUGGGAACAGCAGCAGCUGCAGUCGGGAAUCCGACUGGUCAGCUGCAGCAGAAGCAGCAGCAGCAGCAGCAGGCAGCAGGGGUGCUCCGAAGGAGUGGGAGUGGUGGGGGCGGAAGGGACCGACGGAGUGGGAGUAACGGGGGCCAGAGCAGCAGUGGGAGCGGUGGGGACCAAAGGCUCAGAUGGAGUGGGAGUAACUGGAGCCAGAGAAGCAGUGGGAGUAGAAGUGAGAGAAUGGGGCUUGAGGGCUGUAGGGAUUGGGGUGGUAGCAGCAGGAGUAGCGGGAGCAGCAGUAGUGGUAAAGAUUGGGGUGGUGGAUGGGGAAUCGACAACGGGGCAGACGGAUACGGGAGUGGGGAGAGAGACGGGGACAGGUUGCUAAGGAAGGAAAGAAGCGAAGAGGAAGAGGGAGUGGGUACGUCAGAUGCAGGCUUAGGUGGCAGCCCUGGAGUUGGUCCACGUGGCAGUGGGGCCAUGAGUCCACGUGGCAGCAUGGCAGUGAGUCCACGUGUCAGCAUGGCAGGGAGCCCACGUGUCAGCAUGACAGGGAGUCCGCGUGUCAGCAUGGCAGUGAGUCCACAUGGCAGCAUGGCAGUGAGUCCACAUGGCAGCAUGGCAGUGAGUCCACGUGUCAGCAUGGCAGUGAGUCCAAGUGUCAGCAUGGCAGUGAGUCCACGUGUGAGCAUGGCAGUGAGUCCGCGUGUCAGUACAGUUGGGACUAAUGGUGCACGAGAACGCCUCACCCCUCUGCUUCAACGGAGCCCAGAAGGCAGUCCUACACAUAGCCCCCGUGUCCCUCCCUUAUGCAGCCCCUGCCCCCGCCCUUCUCCCUUUGGCAAUCUCCUUGUUCAUCCACCCCCAAGUCCCUGUGCUACUGCUCCCUGUGCUCCUUGCACCUCUUCUCCUGCUGCCCCUGCUCCUGCUGCCUCCUCUCUUCCUACCUCUUACACCCCACGUGGCUCCUCCUCUCUGCCCACCUCUAGACCAGCUCUAACAGCAGCAGCCCCUGCUGCAACAGCUGCAGCAGAUUCAGAAACCCGCAGGGCAUCUCCGCCUGUCUCCAGGCCUCUAGCAGCAGCUGCCCGUGCUGCUGUAGCUGCUACAGCUGCCCCUUUCUCUGCAGCUGCUGCAUCAGCUGGACCAACUCUGCAAUCAGCCGUUGGCAUGAGCUUCAGAAGAAAGGAAUUCGCCGAUGGUGAAGAAAUCUGCAUUCGCAGUGCGUCUCUGCCUGUCUCCAGACCGGUCCCAUCACCUGCUGCCUCUUAUCCUGCUGCCUCAUCUCUUCCCCUCUCAUACACUCCGCAAGGCUCCGCAUCUCUGCCUGUCUCCAGACACACACUCACGGCUGCUGCUAGGGCUGCUGUCGCCGCUAUAGCUGGUCCUAUGAUUGGCCGUGACGGAACAAGAGCAGGGCUGGAAGACACAGGUGGUGGCAGGGGUCUCAAUCGUCGGCACACUGCUUGUGUCACUGAUGUAAUGGAGACCCGGGUGAAGGCUCAGGUGAAGGCUCAGGUGAAAGCUCAAGUGAAUGCUCAAGUGAACAAUCAGGGAGGGCAUAUUUUAGUGGGUGCAGGCAGGAAUAGGGCAAGCAGUGACUCUGAUCAUGUUGGGCUGAUAAAAAGCCCUUAGGAUCUUUCAGAGACUAAGUCCCAGUUGUAAAAGGAGACUUGAGUAGUGCAGCGGAAGUUGAGUAGUUGAACCCUUGCACUAGUAUGUGAGAGCAAGGCCUCAGAUUCGUUUUGGGGCAUGCUGAUCGCUCAGGGUCCCCCCCCCCUUGCCUCACUGUUUUUUCAGGCCACGCAAAGAAACUUACGCUGAUCAA